AUGUGGCAAAAAGCAUUAUUAUUGCCAAGACUUAUUGCUUCAAGUGUCUGUAUUGCUCAAAAUGCCGGUAAUUUAAUUAAGUCUAUUAUGGUAGCUGGUGAAUUAGAAGUUAUUGAUAAGAGUAUUGAUGGUAGUUCUGAUUUACAAACUAAAGCUGAUAGAAGUGCUCAAUAUCUUAUCAAAAAAUCUUUACAUCACCAAUUUGGUGGGAAUUUAAAAGUUAUUGGUGAGGAAGAUGAUGAUGUAAUGGAAGAGACAAAUAUAAUCUCACAAUAUGAUAGUGGUGUUUUAAGUUUAGUAAAAGAAUGUUGUCCUGUAUAUUAUAAAGAUAUUGAUAUUAAUGAUGUAACAAUUUGGGUUGAUCCUCUUGAUGGAACAGCUGAAUAUGCAGCUCAUUUUAAGGAUAAAACAAGAUCUCUUGAUCAAGUAACUGUCUUAAUUGGAAUAGCUCACAAAGGUGUUGCUAUUGGUGGAAUUGUUCAUCAACCAUAUUAUGAAACUGAAAAUGGAAGAACUAUUUGGGGAGUUGUAGGAAUAGGUUCAUUUAAUUAUACAAGAGAAUUUGCAAAAAAAGUAAAAAAUACUUAUGCAGUAACAACGAGAAGCCAUUCAACUAAACUUGUUGAUGUAACAUUAAAUGCAUUAAAAGAAAAAAAACUUAUAGAUAAUGUAAAACGGUAUGGAGGUGCUGGGUACAAAGUAAUUGCUACAUUAGAGGGUGCUACAGCUUAUGUUUUUGCAUCAAGUGGAUGUAAAAAAUGGGAUACAUGUGCUCCUGAAGCUGUUUUACGUGCUGCUGGCGGAGAUCUCACUGACAUUCUAGGUAAUAGAUAUAAAUAUCAUCCAAAUGUUGAUUUCCAAAACCAUGGUGGAGUUUUAGCUACAUGCCCAGAUAGUUGCCAUGAAGAUUUUGUUAAUGCUAUUCCAGAAUCAGUUCGAAUAGCUCUGUCUAAAUCAUAA